AUGAAGCUCGUCGUCGAGAUCUCCGACGCCGCCGACCUCGCCCCCAAGGAUGGCGCCGCCUCCUGCAACCCCUACGUCGAGGUCGACUUCGACGACCAGCGCCAGCGCACCGCCACCAAGCCCGCCGACCGCUCCCCGUACUGGAACCAGACGCUGGUCUUCGACGUCCGCGACCCCGCGCGCUUCCCCUCCCUCCCCGUCGACGUCUCCGUCUUCCACGACCGACGCCUCCAGGACCACAACGCACUCCGCCCGCACACCUUCCUGGGCCGCGUCCGCAUCAACGGCGCCUCCGUCGCGCCGUCGCCAGAGGAGGCCGUCCUGCAGAGGUACCCGCUCGAGAAGCGGGGGCUCUUCUCACGCGUCUCGGGAGACAUCGCGCUCAGGAUCUACCUCGUCGGGGAUGUCAAUGAAACCGUACCUGUUUCUGCUGCUCCCAACCAGCAACAGGAGUCCGUCGCCGCCGCCGCCGCCAGCGGAGACCCCGAAAGGAUCGUCAGGUCCGCCUUCGCACCACAGCAGCCGCCGCCGGUGGAGCAGUCAGAAGCCCAGGGGCAGGGGAAGAGCGGCGGAGGCCCAGCAGGGGAUGAGCACGAGGCACGGCCUCCUCGCAUCUUCCGCUCCGUGCCAGCCUCGGGAGGAGGAGGAGGUGGCGGAGGAGCCGACCAGCAGCCUCGCCGCACUCUCCACGCCGUGGCCGCGCCUCCUCCUCCGCCCGGCCAGACGGUCGUCAUGCCCAAACCCACUGCCGCCGCCCCUCCCGGCCCCGCCUUCGGCCUGGUCGAGACCAAGCCUCCUCUGCCGGCCAAGAUGGGCCCGCGCGCCGCCGCCGCCGCCGCCGCCAAGAUCGCGUCCACGUACGACAUGGUGGAGCCGAUGGCGUACCUGUACGUGAGCGUGGUGAAGGCGCGCGACCUCCCCAACAUGGACGUCACCGGUGCGCUGGACCCCUACGUGGAGGUGAAGCUCGGCAACUUCAAGGGCGUCACCAAGCACCUGGACAAGAACCCCAACCCGGUGUGGCGCCAGACCUUCGCCUUCUCCCAGGAGCACCUGCAGUCCAACCAGCUGGAGGUGGUCGUCAAGGACAAGGACAUGAUCAAGGACGACUUCGUCGGCCGCGUCCUCUUCGACAUGACCGACAUCCCUAAGCGGCUGCCCCCCGACAGCCCGCUCGCGCCGCAGUGGUACCGCCUCGCCGACCGGCACGGCGAGAAGGUGCGGCACGGCGAGAUCAUGCUCGCCGUGUGGAUCGGCACGCAGGCCGACGAGGCGUUCCCGGAGGCGUGGCACUCGGACGCGCACUCGCUGCCCUUCGAGGGCCUCUCCAACACCAGGUCCAAGGUCUACUACUCGCCCAAGCUCGCCUACCUCAAGGUGGUGGCCAUCGCGGCGCAGGACGUGUACCCCGCCGGCUCAGAGAAGGGCCGGCCCCUGGCGCCCACCAUCGCCAAGAUCCAGCUCGGGUGGCAGGUCCGUCGGACGCGGCCGGGGCAGCCGCAGGGCUCCACCAACCCCGUGUGGAACGAGGAGUUCAUGUUCGUGGCCGGCGAGCCGUUCGACGAGCCGCUGGUGGUGACGGUGGAGGAGCGCGUGGCGGCGGGGCGCGACGAGCCCGUGGGCCGGGUGAUCAUCCCCGUGAUCUCGCCGUACGUGUACCGCAACGACCUGGCCAAGUCGGUGGAAUCCAAGUGGUUCAACCUUUCGCGCGCGCUGACGGCGGACGAGGCCGCGGCGGGCGUCACCGCCGCCAAGGCCCUGGCGGAGAAGACGACCUUCUCGAGCAAGAUCCACCUGCGGCUGAGCCUGGAGACAGCGUACCACGUGCUGGACGAGUCGACGCACUACAGCAGCGACCUGCAGCCGUCGGCGAAGAAGCUGCGCAAGUCGUCCAUCGGCAUCCUGGAGCUGGGCAUCCUGAGCGCCCGGAACCUGGUGCCCAUGAAGGCCAAGGAAGGGCGGCUGACGGACCCCUACUGCGUGGCCAAGUACGGGUCCAAGUGGGUGCGCACCCGGACGGUGCUCAACACGCUGGCGCCGCAGUGGAACGAGCAGUACACGUGGGAGGUGUUCGACCCCUGCACCAUCGUCACCGUCGCCGUGUUCGACAACGGGUACGUCCUCGGUGGCGGCGAGGGCAGCAAGGACCAGCGGAUCGGCAAGGUGCGCGUGCGGCUGUCGACGCUGGAGAUCGACCGCGUCUACACCCACAUCUACCCGCUGAUGACGCUCACCCCGGGCGGGCUGAAGAAGACCGGGGAGCUGCACCUGGCGGUGCGCUUCACCUGCACGGCGUGGGCCAACAUGCUGGGCAUGUACGCCAAGCCGCUGCUGCCCAAGAUGCACUACAGCCACCCCAUCUCGGUGCUGCAGCUGGACUACCUCCGGUUCCAGGCCAUGCAGAUGGUGGCGGCGCGGCUGGGGCGCGCCGAGCCGCCGCUGCGGCGGGAGGUGGUGGAGUACAUGCUGGACGUGGACUCGCACAUGUUCAGCCUGCGGCGGAGCAAGGCCAACUUCAACCGCAUCACCUCCCUCUUCUCGGGCGUCGUGGCCGUGGCCAAGUGGAUGGACGGCAUCUGCAAGUGGAAGAACCCGCUGACGACCAUCCUGGUGCACGUGCUGUUCCUCAUCCUGGUGUGCUACCCGGAGCUGAUCCUGCCCACAGUCUUUCUCUACCUCUUCAUGAUCGGCGUGUGGAACUACCGGCGGCGGCCGCGCAAGCCGCCGCACAUGGACACGGUGCUAUCGCACGCCGAGUCCGGGCUGGUGCACCCGGACGAGCUGGACGAGGAGUUCGACACGUUCCCCACCAGCAAGCCCGGGGACGUGGUGCGGAUGCGCUACGACCGCCUGCGCAGCGUGGCCGGGCGGGUGCAGACGGUGGUCGGCGACCUGGCCUCGCAGGGGGAGCGGGCGCAGGCGCUGCUCAGCUGGAGGGACCCGAGGGCGACGGCCAUCUUCAUCAUGCUCUCGCUCGUGGUGGCCGUGGUGCUCUACGUGACGCCGUUCCAGGUGGUGGCCGUGGUGCUGGGGCUCUACCUGCUGCGCCACCCGCGCUUCCGGAGCAAGCAGCCGUCGGUGCCCUUCAACUUCUACAAGAGGCUGCCGGCCAAGUCCGACAUGCUGCUCUAG